AACAGCUUGUCGUCGUCAACUCACAGCAGUUUUGUAACCAUCAACCUUACUUCAUGGGCUUUUUGGAGCCAGCUUAAUUCACACUGGCGCCUGCGACUUGGUUAUAUGGCUGGUCUUGUGGUUGCUAGUGGAGGUGCAAACCUCAUAGUCAGUUACUUUUUGGAGGGCAGGUCUGAGGUGGCAAAUCUGGUUUUUUUGGCAGCAGAAACACAUAGGUUUGAUGCAGUUGGAAACAUGGGUAGCAUGCUAAACUCUGCUGUCAGCUCUGCAUUGAAGCUUAUCAGGAAUUCAGGAUCUCAAAAACACAAUAAUAUGGAAAAUCUCUAUGCCAUUACAACAGAUUCUUCAAAUACUGGCAGCAAACACGAUCCUGACAUUCUAUGGGCUCAUUCUGUUUUCAGAGGUGCUGCCUAUUUGGGCAGUUUCAGAAAUUCAUAUUUGUUUCAGUAAAGCUAUUCAUGGCUGCUCUCAUUCAUGGGAUCAUGUUUGACUUGCUUUUUUCUUUGACUGAAAAAAAGAUGUUUUGAAUUAGUUUGCAUCUUAACCCAAAAAGCCUCCUGUUUCUCAUCAUCCUUCCCACCCUAGUUCUGCCAAGGGCUGCAAAUAAACUGAACUGUUCAUGAAGAGCUUGUUAACUCAGGAUCGUCCAUUUGCAUAAAUGAGCGAUUUUCAAGCUUACUUUUCAAUCUUGUUGAACAAGGCUGCGAUUGGCUGUUUAGGGUUGUGAACAGUUAACAGGGUUGUUUUGAUCUCGCUUAUAAGUUAUUAUAAGCCCUUUUAGAA